AUGCAGGCUGUUAAAAUUGAUGGAGUUCUAUCAGACUGGAAAUCAGUGAAGGGUGGGGUUCCUCAAGGAACUAAACUAGGCGUAAUUCUCUUUAUUGUCAUGACAAACAAAUUGUUCUGGGAAUGGAAUCUUCGGACUAAAUUUGUCGAUGACACAUCCGUACUGGAGAUUAUUCCAAGAAAUUCCAUUAGCGUCCUAAACAAUGCUGCUGCUGACAUACAUAAUUUUGCCAUAGAGCAAAAUAUGAAGCUAAAUCCUACCAAAUGCAAAGAAAUGCUUAUUAACUUCCUACGCAAUCCAAACGUUCUGAUUAAACCUAUACAAAUAGGUAACUACGUUAUAGAACAAGUGAAGACUUAUAAGAUGCUAGGUGUGAUCAUGAGUAGUGAUCUAAAGUGGAACUGUCAUGUCGACCACAUUACCAAGAAAGCCA